UCGGUUUAACAGCACAUUUUAUAGCGUACAUCGUCCCAAUCGGAACUAGGAAGCGUGCUGCGGCGUUUGCGUUCGAAGUUUUCCGCCGGGCGGAAAUUCACAUCAUACAUAUACUUUCCCGUGGAUCCGUCGGCUGUUUUUUGUUAUAUACCGAGUCAAGCUUCCCUCAACCGGGUGAUUUUCCCUCGGGGAAAUGGAAAUCGCGGCCUCUGGAACAACAAUCGGAGGAUAUUGGGUUCCGGUACAUUUGCGGCAUAUUUCAAGUGUCCGUGUCAAGGCAGAUAUUCGGCGCGCGCUCGGUUCUACUCCGUUGUUUGUGUGUGUGCGUGAGUUAAGGUCGAUUGUACGACACUCAAUUUGAUUACUUUUUAUUAUAAUAAUCAUUACACAAACAUUCAAUUGAGUGAACGUGUUAACCGGUGGAUGAAAAUGGGAAAACGCUGAAUGUGCAGGGGGAGGAGUUGGAGACGGAUGGUGCUAAAUGGAAAUUGUCAACCGUCCCGUAACGGAGUUGCGGACAGCUUCUGAAGUGCAGACUCCGAGGAAACCAUAGAAACGAAAGCGAAAUAAUAUCGGAUUGAAAUCUAUUGACCUGUGUUUGACAUCAAUAGAAGUGAAAAUGCGACAUUGACAUCCGAAAAGUCGAAUUAACAAAAGAAAAUCCAUCCAAAGUAAGGAGAAUCAAUUAGAACAAUGGAACAGUUGGCUCAUUUCGUGACGAAAUCCUUCGAGUACAACAACAGUCGAGUGUUGGACAUCCUCGACAUGAGAACCAUCGGCAGCGGGGGUGGAAACAGUCGGGCUGGAUUGGGAGAGGAUUUCCACAGUCGAAGCUCCGACCCGGAACUGAUGUCGAACAACAGCAGUAGUGUUGCUAGUGUUGGUGAAAAUGGCGACCUCGAGGAGGAAAUCCACAGCCACACGUUGGCACAGAGACAGAACUCGGUGGGGUCAGGCGGUGGGGAGAAUGACGAUGAGGAAUCGAUCGAUAUCGAAAUUACGGACUUGUCGUACAGUAGUGCUGGUGGAGCUAAUGCCAUGAUGAAUGGUGUCGGCGAGAGCGAUAGAGUCAAACCGAUUUCCUCGGUAUCUUCGUCGGUGGUUGUGAAAAAUGCAUUCGGUUCCGGAAAUGGAAGCGAUAAUAAUAAUGACAGUGUCAUCAGCAACAGAAAUGAAACUAGUGUUAUUCGAAAGCAUGAUAAUAAGUUGCUGAUGAUUGGACGUGAUAAUUCAAAAGAUGAAGAAAUGGAGUUAACUAGAACAUCCAUUACAAAUAAGAAGCAUGUUCCAAAGAAUUGGUUGAUUGCUGACUUGGUGGAGGAAAAACAAGACAAACAUCCCAAAGCAAAACAAGACGUUGCCUUAAACCUGGUCCGUUCGGAGACCGAACCCAGCUACAAAUCAUCCGACAUGAGUUUGCUAGUCCGACCGAAACCCGCCUCCGAACUGCUGAAACAAAGCGUAGAUCUAAUCAACGGCGGUGGUCACAGCUACCCUCCACAACCACUGACACCUAUCCCGCCACCCGCACAAGGGGGCAGCGAGCACGACGGCAACGGUUACCAUCAUCCAUCGCAUCGCACUCACACUGGCAACCACACCGACAACGAUUCCGACACAGCACCUACCACUCGGCAAAUUGCUAACCGUUCUUCAGGAAGCGCGGAUUAA